GGUUUCUGUUUCGCUCCCUGCGGGCCGGGGUCGCCAUGGAGGCGCAGCCCGACAGCCUGGACGGGUGGGUGUCCGUGCGCGACACCGCCUUCUCCGAGCCGCAGCCACCGCGCCUCCGCUUCCUCGUGGGCUGGAACGGCGUGGAGGGCGCGUUCGCCGUCACCUGCCACGGGCGGGCGGAGGAGGAGGCCCCGCAGAGCUGGGCCGGGCUCUUCUCGGCGCCGGCGCUGCGCGGCGUCCACCGGCAGCUGUCGGGCGUGUGCCCGCGGCUGGAGCCCGCCUUCCCCGCGCUGCCCGGCGCCGCCGCAGGGCUCUGGGCCGUGCUGUUCCCCGGCGGGGCCGCCCCCGCCGAGGCCGAGGUGCAGCGGCUGUGCCGGGAGCUGGAGCGCUACCUGGGCUGGGCGCUGGAGCUCUGCGGGGGCCGCGUGCUGCUGGACGCCCUCUUCGCCGCCGAGCGACAGCGCGACGAGGACUACUUCGAGAGCCUCCACGAGCUGCGAGGGAGGGCCCUGCGCGGCCACCUGGCCCGGGCCAAGGAGGCCCUGCGGCGGGUUCUUCAGCAGCAUAAAAAUGCUGACACAAUGGUGGCUUUGAUGAAGGUUUAUGAGGAAGAAGACGAGGCUUAUCAGGAUUUGGUCACCAUGGCAACACAAUUCUACCAGUAUUUACUGCAGCCCUUUAGAGAUAUGCGAGAGCUGGCGACGCUGUACAAACUGGAAAUCCUGAAAUCUCUGCAGUAUGAUAAUUUGGGGCCUAAAAGAGUAGCAGCUUUGCAGAAAGAUGCUGAAGAAUGGACUAAGCGAGCUGAGAGUGCCGUGUGCUCCAUUCAGGGUAUCACUGUGAACUACUUCAAAGAAACUGUAAAGGCUCUGACAGCAAUGCACAAACAGAUGGAACAAGAUCAGGAAAGAUUUGGUAAAACCGCCUGGACCUCAGCUUUGCCGCGACUAGAAAACCUGAAAUGUAUGUUAGCUAAAGAAACCCUUCAGCAUCUGAGGGCGAGAGAGUUGUGCCUGAAACAGAAGAGAGCUGGCAUUCAGAAAAAUUUGGAGAAUCUCGGUGAACAAGAAGAAAACCUAACUCUAGUGGAGGAGCUGGAAAUACAGUAUUAUGAAACGCAGCUGGAAUUAUACAAUGUACAGCUUGAAGUAUUGAAACAUGAAGAAAUGCUGCUUAUUGUACAGUUGGACACUUUAAGGAGGCAGAUUAAAGAGCUACAGGAUGAAGUUGUUUACUAUGAUACAUGUGAAAGUCCUGAGGAGCUCAAGGUCAUUGAACAGACAAUGGGACAACAUUACGCUAACUUGUCAGAAAUGACGGUGCUGAGGCAGAAGACUAAGCAGUUGGAGACAAAGCGUGGGACUGUCUGUGCGAGGAGAGCCUACCUCAGGAACAAAAAAGAUCAAUGUGAAGCAAGCCAUCGGCAGAGGCUGCAGCAGGCAGAAGAGAGCAAAAAACGCUUCCAGCAGCAUCACAGCAUACAGAUAAAGAGAGACAAGCAAAAAGAGGAGGAGAAAAAGAAAAAAGCUUGGAUAAGCCAGGAACGUCAGAAAACACUGGAGAGGCUGAAAACAUACAGAGAGAAAUGUCCAGCUCAUGUUGUUGUGAAAACAUCUCGUCCUGAGCCUCUCAGUCCCAAGUUGCCACGAGGCAUCACUCAGCAGGCUGCAGCCCUGUGCCCUUCACCUCGGCUACGAGUAAGGGCAGCUCCAGAGCAGCCAAAGAGCAUUGUGCUAGUGGAAGCCAAAGAAUCGAAAGAUUCACAUCAGAAUACCCCAGCAGAGAUACCUGUCCAGAUUUUUGUUACUGCUGAUGACUCGGAGCAACAGAAGCACAGUGAGGAAUUGAUAGUCCCUCCAUCUUUACCACCAGCUCCUCCGCCUGCUCCUCCUUUACCCCCUCCUCCUCCACCUCUGCCCUUACUUCACCAGUUAAAGACGCCAUCAGCAGUAGCGGAUAAGCCACUUUCCCUUAGCUCCGAUGGCCCUACAGAAAGCCCUGAACCGCACAAAGAGGAUGACUCAUCCAGGAGGUCUCUAAAUAAUUACAUGGGUUCCAUGGAUGAGGUUUUGGCUUCUCUCAAACGCAGUGAAGUUCAUCUUCGCAAAGUGGAACAGCCAAAUCCAUAUGCCUCUGUAAAAGACAACAUCCUCUCUGCCAUAAGGCAAGGAGUUAAACUAAGAAAAGUGAAUCGAGAUACUGACAAAGAUGUCAGUAGAGGAUCUGCUAAUGAGCUAGAGAGAAGCAUUAAGGCAGUCAUCCAGAGAAUUAAGAAAGUGUCUGCCGAUUCUGAAGAAGAGGAAAACAAUGAUCAGAAUAAUGGAGAAUGGGACAGCUAACCAACUCGGAGUAAUGGACGUACUGACUGGAACAGAGUGUCUGUCUCGUUUUGCAAAUUGUAGAAGACUUUCCUUUUCAAAAUGAAAGAACAGCGUGAUUGUGUGUUCUCACAAUCCAAAAAUGUCUCGUAGAGUACAAGAAUCUAUUGAUUUUCUACAGGAGCUGCAAAUCAUUAUUUUUGCCUGAGAAAUCUUACUCCAAAGUAGGCCUGCAUUAAUAGGUAUUUCUGGCUCAACCACAUGGAAUUUUCACAUCUGAAGACAGUUAAAAUGCUGGAUUUGAAACCUACAUUGUUUAGGUUGUUACUACACAGUAGGUAAUGCUAUCACAACAUGGUUUAAAGAUUCAAAAAUUUAACUGUAAAUCUAUUUGUCAGAUAAAAGUAGACCCAAAUACAUGGUCAUAGAGGCAGACCAGAAAAUUUAGCAUAAUCUGGAACGUCUCAUUCCUACCUCCAUUGUUCAGAAGCUUCUUUAACAUUUUGCUUGUCUAACACAGUUCACGCUCAACUAACUCCGUGGAUACUCCUUUUAUCAUUAUAUUAUAAAGUGUGCACUCUACAACUGACCUUGGUGAUGCUGAUUGGAAAAAUUACUGUGGAGUUUGAAAUAAAGACUACUGCAGGAAUUACUGAAAACUUUGCUUUUAGCUGGAAGCGUAAAUAGAGAGUAUUUUUAGAUGCUAAAUGUUUUCCAUACAUCUACAUUUGCAAUGAACUGUUGGCUAAAAAGGAAGAGCCAAAAUGUUUUAUGUAACAUUUUCUGGGAUCUAGCCCUGUAAUACAGAGCUGUGUUUCUCCAUUUAGCACGUGGUUAUGUGUUUAUAGCUGCUGUCAUGAGUUUAAAUUACCUGAUAGCCUUAUGAAUGGCAGAUAUUUGCAUUGUGCCUGGAACCUGACUGUUUGAAAGUUCAGCUACAUCGAAUUUAGAACCUGUUUCUAUUUUGGGUAGGCAGUGACAAAAAUGAUUCCAAGUUUCUUUUGAAGUUUAUACUGACCCUUAAUAAAAAUACAUCCUGACAGAAGUGGAUUCAGAGUACU